AUGCCAUCCGUGUCCGGAUUCCAGCUUGAAAUCUCGAUCAGAAAUGCCGAAAACGGGGACCCGAUCGCCUUCAAGGUGGACGGGGAGCGCUUCGAUGGCGGGACGAGGACGCUGAAAUUUGCCUCAAACGCCCGCUACAAAGUGCACAUCGCCGCCAAGCCGUCCACCGAGUUUUUGAGUCUCCACCUAGCAGGCUCCGAUUUGGCGCUGGUGGCCGAGGACGCGAAGGGUGGGCAAUAUGUCGCGGAAUGGAACACCACCGGAAUUGAUGCCACCCAAAAGGGAUCCCGCCACAAUAUUAACUUCCAUUUGCAGUGCCCAGGCGGGAUGCUGAAGAAGCAGGUCCAAACGAAGUUCUACAACCGCGACGACUCGCACGCCGACUGGGGCCACAAACUCGAGAAGUUGAUUUGGAAGUGUUCGGUGGACAAUUGCGGAAAUGUGCAAGUGAAUGAGGAAGAGUAUAAG